AUGGUGCUCGCUACAAACUCUGACUCGGAAGAGCAUUUGCAUUCCACAUUCGCAUCCAGAUAUGUGCGCGCUGUUGUUCCCAGGUUCAAGAUGCCAGACACUUCCAUGCCCAAAGACGCUGCCUAUCAAGUGAUCAACGAUGAGCUGAUGCUUGAUGGCAAUCCAAGGCUUAACCUGGCUUCCUUUGUCACCACCUGGAUGGAACCUGAGUGUGACAAACUCAUCAUGGAUUCUGUCAACAAGAACUACGUUGACAUGGAUGAAUAUCCUGUCACUACCGAGCUCCAGAACCGGUGUGUAAAUAUGAUAGCAAACUUGUUCCAUGCUCCGGUUGGAGAAGACGAGGCUGCUAUUGGUUGUGGAACCGUUGGUUCUUCAGAGGCCAUAAUGCUUGCCGGUUUAGCAUUCAAAAGAAAAUGGCAACAGAGGAGAAGAGCUCAGGGCUUACCUACUGAUAACCCUAACAUUGUCACUGGAGCCAAUGUUCAGGUGUGCUGGGAGAAAUUUGCAAGGUACUUUGAGGUAGAGCUGAAAGAGGUGAAGCUACGUGAAGACUACUACGUGAUGGACCCAACUAAAGCUGUAGAGAUGGUUGAUGAGAACACAAUCUGCGUUGCAGCGAUUCUUGGAUCCACACUUACAGGAGAGUUUGAGGAUGUGAAGCUGUUGAACGAUCUCUUAGCUGAGAAAAACGCAGAGACUGGUUGGGAUACUCCUAUCCACGUUGAUGCAGCUAGUGGAGGAUUCAUUGCUCCUUUCCUCUACCCGGAUCUUGAAUGGGACUUUAGGCUUCCAUGGGUCAAGAGCAUCAAUGUCAGUGGUCAUAAGUAUGGACUUGUCUAUGCAGGAGUUGGUUGGAUUGUCUGGAGAACCAAAGAGGAUCUGCCUGAGGAGCUUGUCUUUCACAUCAACUACUUAGGAGCUGAUCAACCAACUUUCACUCUUAACUUCUCUAAAGGAUCAAGCCAAAUCAUUGCUCAGUACUACCAGUUUAUCCGACUAGGCUUUGAGGGAUACAAGAACAUAAUGGAGAACUGUAUGGACAACGCGAGGAGGCUAAGAGAAGGAAUAGAGAUGACAGGGAAAUUCCACAUUCUGUCUAAGGACGUUGGUGUGCCACUUGUAGCAUUCUCUCUCAAAGACAGUAGCAAACACACUGUGUUUGAGAUCGCAGAGUCUCUGAGGAAAUUCGGGUGGAUCAUACCGGCUUACACUAUGCCUGCAGAUGCACAACACAUUGCUGUGCUCAGAGUUGUCAUCAGAGAAGACUUUAGCAGAGGACUUGCAGACAGACUCAUCACGCAUAUCAUUCAGGUGCUCAAAGAGAUCGAAGGUCUUCCUAGCCGGAUCGCUCAUCUAGCCGCUGCUGCUAAAGUUAGUGGCGAAGAAGAAGUCAAGACUUCUAAGAUGUCGUUGGAGGAUAUCACUAAGUACUGGAAACGCCUUGUUGAACACAAGAGAAAUAUUGUCUGUUAG